UGAAAUAUCAGCUUGAGACGUGCCCCCGGCACACCCGCUCGACUGGGCGUGUUUACUCUUUACUUCGAUAGUUCGUUCGAUGCGAUUGAAGGAUCCGCACGAGAUUUUUUUUACACGGACGAGUACCCGGAAGAAACACGGUGAGAGAAGGAAGGCAAGAAUACAUGGCGCACAUUAAAGUGUUCAAAAAGUGCCUUUAACGGCGAUAUCGUAACGCGAAUUGGUUUGAGCAAGAAAAAAAGAAAAUUCGUAUUUGUUGGAGAUGCCUACUAUUUGCCAAGCGAUGACGCCGAUCGUUAUUGCCUGCUGGUUCUACUGCCUGUUGGGCGUUGUCGGUCAGUAUGAGUGGCAGACCCGCGAUUCCUUUGACGAGAUCCGCAUGCGGAUGGACAAGGUAAACGAUGACAACUGCCUGAUACAGCACCUCGGCGACCUGUACCUGCCAGAAGACGCAGUGUCGCAUUUGCCUGACAUAAAAGACAUCAAUAUCAAUCCAGUGUUCCCGAAUCGUACAGCUUUGCUGCAUCUUCACAACAUGGCACUCAGUAGGAGCUUCUUCUGGAGUUACAUUCUGCAGUCGCGCUUCAUCCGACCAGCAAUCAAUGAUACCUAUGAUCCAGGCAUGAUGUAUUACUUCUUGUCCACAGUGGCAGACGUUUCCUCCAACCCAUAUAUUAAUGCCUCGGCCAUCUAUUUCGCACCCAAUAUGUCUUACUCGCCAUCCUACAGGGGUUUCUUCAAUAAGACCUUUCCCAGAUUUGCGCCACGGACCUUCAGGGCAGAUGAUUUCAAUGAUCCUAUACACCUAGAGAGAAUAUCUACCAGAAACACAUUUACUGUGCAGGAUUUAGGAGCGUUUCCCAGUAACAGGCUCAGCGACGAUUAUACCACUGACUUUUAUCGUAUAAACGAAUGGUACAAAAAAUGGUUACCAGAUAUCGUAAAGGAAAGACACGACACUAAAACGACAUAUCAAGUUGAAAUUCGCUAUGCCAACAAUACAAAUGAAACAUUUACCUUUCAUGGUCCACGUGGUGCCGAUGAGUAUCCUGGACCUGUGCAAUGGACUAGACCAUAUUUCGAUUGUGGCCGAUCAAAUCGAUGGCUCGUAGCUGCGGUAUCACCUAUAGCAGAUAUCUAUCCACGACACACUGGCUUCAGGCAUAUCGAAUAUCCAACAUAUACUGCCGUUUCGGUAAUGGAAAUGGACUUUGAAAGAAUAGAUAUAAAUCAAUGUCCCAAAGGUAAAGGGAACCUUGGUCCUAAUAGAUUCGCUAAUACUGCAAGAUGCAAGACUGAUACUACAGAGUGCGAACCGAUACAUGGUUGGGGUUUCAGAAGAGGUGGAUAUCAAUGUAGAUGUAGACCAGGUUUCAGAUUACCGACUGUCGUACGACGACCUUAUCUUGGUGAAAUAGUGGAGAGAGCCACGCAAGAACAAUACUAUAAUGGUUUCGAUUGCUUGCGGAUCGGCUGGGUUCAUAAAAUGCCAGUGCAAUGGGAAAAAGCAAACUCAUAUCUCAGAGAAAAGUAUCUCGAGCAAUUCCAUCAUUAUAGGAAUUAUUCAACCGGUUCAACUGCACUUCACGAUACAAAGCUGAACAUCGACCAAGCUCUCAAAUUCAUUCUUGGUAUGAAUUCGGAAACUUGCAAGAAUUAUGCGCCACAAGACUUAAUGUUACGCGGAGACAUUAGCUUCGGUGCGGAAGAGUUUUUCGAGAACGAAGCGAAAAUGGCGACUAGAUUGGCAAACUUCAUCAGUGCGUUCCUACAAGUAUCAGAUCCCUUGGAAGUUUACUCGGGCAAGAGAGUAGCCGACAGACCGCUCACGGAAGAUCAAAUGAUGGGGGAGACCCUGGCUUUGGUGCUCGGCGAUACAAAGAUAUGGUCAGCUGGCACUUUUUGGGAUCGUAAUAAAUUUACCAACAGAACAUUCUUUGCCCCAUAUGCUUACAAGACGCAGUUAAAUACACGCAACUUUAAACUUGAAGAUUUAGCUAGACUCAAUGGCACAGAUGAAGUAUAUACAAAGAAGAGUUACUUCCAAGUAUUAAAGCAACGUUGGGCAACGAAUUUUGAUCAACUGGAGAAAUAUUAUAUGAAAAUAAAGAUUCGAUUCAAUGAAACUGGAGAGCACCUAAAAAAGUUUGAGCAUUACCCAAACUAUUACAGGGCAGCAAAUCUGGACCAUGGACACUGGACAACUCCGUACUUCGAUUGUAACGGCAAGAUGAAGAAGUGGGUAAUUACCUAUGCAUCCCCGUUUUUUGGAUGGGACAGCUUGAAGGAGAAACUGGAAUUCAAGUGAGUGUUCUCAUCAGAGUGUGAUCACAUGCGAUAGGAAAAAGGAACGCGUCUCUGUACGUGCAUACACACACACACACACAUUAGGAUGGUCGUUAAAAAAUAGAUUUUUGUUGCCGCUCCCUAAAAUGGUAGUAAUUGAUGAAAAAAUAAAAUCUAUGCAACCCUAAGGCUGUCAAGUCACGGAAAAGGGUGCCUCUCGAAGAAAGAAGUCUUAGAAUUCGCGUUUUUUCAUUUAAUUUUUGCUGUAUAAAUUAGACCCUGAUUUACAUCAAUUUAUUAUCUUUAAUAAAUUUUCCUAUUCGGUGAACACAUCAAUGCAAAGCAAGGUCCAAUUAUAUCUGUAUAAGCGAUUUAAAAAUUUUCUCUGUGUAAUGCUACAAAAAAAAAACGAUUGCAUUGAAUUUUUUUGUCAAUUAUC